CGCAGAUAGAUAGGAAAAGACAGAACAUUGAAUUUUCUUUUCUUGUACAUAAAAACCAAGUCCAAGUCCCAAACACAAGCCGUCCCUCUUGUUCUUCACUUCACUUCUCUCUCUACAAACUCAAAACGUGUACCCAACACUCUACAAUACAUACUCACCUACUCCUCUCUUCAUUUCAAAACACCAGAACCAAACCAGAUGAUUAUAUUAUUAUUCCCUAACCGUAACUGUUGCGUUGUAUAAUUAUUCUUUUUACGAUCCUUAAUGUAAAUUAUAUAGUGGGGUCCAAUGUCCACCACCAUUCUUGACAAUGUUGUUGUUGUGUUGAGUUUUGGUAACCUUUAUUAUCAGCUUCAGCUUCAACAACCUCUUCACCAACCUUUUUAUAUUUAGUUUGGUCUCUCUUUUUUCUAUUGUUUUUCCAUGGCUUUGAGGGCUGCCGGAUCCCUUUGGUUUAGCCCAUUAAGGCCUUAUGGGAACUUAGGUGGCUCAGAUUUGGGGAAUGGGAGAUGGGGAUUUGGCUUGGAUUUGAAUUGUAAUUGGGAAUGUUGUUGUUCUGCUGUUUUAGCUCAGAGAGCUAUUAUUCCUGUUGAUGAUGACAAGCCUGUGGUGGAGUCUCGUCCAGCUAUUGAUAAGCUUCAGGACACUCGCUCUACUGUUUUUCAUAAGGAUUUGAACCUUCUUCCUAAACCUUUAUCAGCAUCAGAUCUUUCUUCUUCUGGUGAUAAUGGUACAAAAGUACGGGUUGCUUACCAGGGAAUGGCAGGUGCAUACAGUGAGGCUGCGGCACUAAAAGCAUACCCCAAAUGUGAAACUGUCCCAUGUGAACAUUUUGAAGCCGCAUUCAAGGCAGUUGAACUAUGGUUAGUGGAUAAAGCAGUCCUCCCCAUUGAGAAUUCAGUGGGGGGAAGCAUCCACCGUAAUUAUGACUUACUCCUUCGCCAUAGGCUGCAUAUAGUUGGAGAAGUGCAGAUGGCAGUCAGUCAUUGUCUGUUGGGAUUGCCUGGUGUACAAAAAGAGGAGCUGAAACAAGUGUUGAGCCACCCUCAGGCACUUUCUCACUGUGAAAUGACAUUGAGCAAGUUAGGUGUUUUGAGAGUUAGUACUGAUGACACUGCAGGUGCUGCUCAGAUGGUAGCUACUGGUGGCAGCAGAGAGAUUGGCGCUAUUGCAAGUGCUCGAGCAGCAGAAAUUUAUGGUCUCGACAUCCUUGCAGAAAAAAUCCAGGAUGAUGGCGAAAACGUUACCCGCUUUUUGAUACUUGCAAGGGAACCUAUUAUUCCACGAACUGACAAAUCGUACAAGACGAGCAUUGUUUUCACCCUUGAAGAAGGCCCUGGUGUUCUAUUUAAAGCAUUGGCAGUGUUUGCUUUAAGAGGCAUUAAUUUGACAAAGAUAGAGAGUCGUCCACAAAAAAAUCGUCCUCUUAGAGUUGUUGAUGAUUCGAACAAGGGAAGUGCCAAGUACUUUGAUUACCUCUUUUACAUCGACUUUGAAGCUUCUAUGGCAGAAGCUCGUGCUCAAAGCGCUUUGGGACAUUUGCAGGAAUUUGCGAGUUUUCUUCGCGUUCUUGGUUGCUAUCCGAUGGAUACAAUUUUUUAGAUUAUCUAAAUUUUUAAUACAUUAAAUUUGGAGUUGAAACCUGCAAAACAAGGACAGAAUUCAGCCAUUGUAGUUGUACAUAAGAUGUUUUAAAUGAUUCCAAGGUGAUAUAGAAGCGGAAGAUCCAAGAUGAGCUUCCUGAAACAGAAUCUGCAACUCCAAAACAUUUCAUAUAUACUUUUAAUCCCCUGAUGGGGAAAUGUAUUAGGACAUUUAUAAAUUGAUUUAGUACCUUUCACAAUUGGCAUAAGUUGUUGUAGGGGGUGCAAUUUCUCCCUCUUCAUAUAUCACUUUAAAUUAUAUUCCGGUUUAUGAAUUUUUUUAAUUCUGUUCA